UAUCAACAAUUUCAACACUUCUAUCUUUUGUACACAAUAGUAUUAAAUUGUUUAGAUAAUUUAACCGAUUUAAUUAUGAAAAUCAGUGUUGAUGGCUUAUUGGUUUAUUUCCCUUAUGAGUACAUUUAUCCAGAGCAGUAUGCCUACAUGUUGGAACUUAAGCGUACUUUGGACGCAAAAGGCCACUGCCUAUUGGAAAUGCCUUCCGGAACAGGGAAGACUGCUACUUUGCUCUCACUAAUAGUGGCUUAUAUGAUUGAGCACCCGGAAGUUAUAAGAAAGUUGAUAUAUUGUUCACGUACAGUACCGGAAAUUGAAAAGGUUAUAGCAGAAUUACAAAACUUACUGGCUUACUAUGAAAAAAAUGCUCCUCAACCUCCGGCUAUAAUAGGUUUGGUAUUGAGUUCUCGUAAAAACAUGUGCAUUCAUCCAGAAGUGAGUAAAGAACGCGAAGGUAAAGCGGUAGACGGUAAAUGUUAUGGUUUAACCGCUAGUUAUAUUAGAGAACGGCAUGAAAUAGAACCGGAGACACCUAUAUGUCAAUAUUACGAGGGUUACAGUUUGGAGGGCAAGGAAUCUGCUCUUCCUGUUGGAAUUUACAGCAUUGAUGAUCUUAAAGAAUACGGUCGCAUGCGUAAUUGGUGUCCUUAUUUCUUGGCUAGGCAAGCAAUCAAUCAAGCCCAUAUUGUGGUGUACAGUUACCAUUAUCUUUUGGAUCCCAAAAUUGCUGAAGUAGUAUCCAAGGAAAUGUGUCGCGAAACUUGUAUAGUCUUUGAUGAGGCUCACAACAUAGAUAAUGUCUGCAUUGAUUCGAUGAGUGUCAAAAUUAAUCGCCGAAUAGUAGAACGCAGCACAAAUGCUUUAAAUAAAUUACAAAAACUAGUGCAAGAUUAUCGUGAUCAGGGUACAAGUCGUUUAAAUGACGAAUAUCAACGAAUGGUUCAGGGGUUAAGGGAUGCUAGUGUUCAGAGAGAUACGGACAUGAUAUUGGCUAAUCCUAUACUACCUAAUGAUGUGUUGAAAGAUGUAAUUCCGGGAAAUAUGCGUAAUGCUGAUCACUUUCUUAGUUUUCUAAGGCGUUUCAUUGAGUACAUUAAAACCCGUCUAAAAGUACACCAUGUAGUACAGGAAUCGCCGGCGGGAUUUUUAAAAGAUAUAGCUACAAAAAUAUGUAUAGAACGUAAACCUUUAAGAUUUUGUGCGGAGCGCCUAAGCAGCUUAUUAAGAACUCUGGAAAUUAGCGAUAUGACUGAAUAUGGUUCCUUAAUAUUGGUUACGCAUUUCGCUACUUUAGCUUCUACAUAUAUUAAAGGCUUCACCAUCAUCAUUGAACCAUUUGAUGACAAGACUCCAACCGUAGCGAAUCCUAUCUUGCACUUCAGUUGCAUGGAUUCUUCUAUAGCUAUAGCUCCGGUAUUUCAAAGAUUUCAAACUGUUGUUAUUACGUCGGGCACAUUAUCGCCUAUGGAUAUGUACCCGAAAAUUUUAAAUUUCGAUCCAGUUGUAAUGAGUUCCUUUACGAUGACCUUGGCCAGGCCUUGUCUUCUACCCAUGAUUGUUUCUAAGGGUAAUGAUCAGGUGGCUAUUUCUUCGAAAUAUGAGACCCGUGAAGAUACUGCCGUUAUACGAAAUUAUGGGCAACUUUUAGUAGAAACUGCAAAAACAGUUCCCGAUGGGGUUGUUUGCUUUUUCACUUCUUACUUGUAUUUGGAGUCGGUGGUGGCUUCUUGGUAUGAUCAGGGUAUUGUGGAUACAUUGCUCCGUUAUAAGCUGCUAUUUAUUGAAACUCAGGACAAUGCCGAAACUAGCUAUGCUUUAAUGAAUUAUGUUAAAGCUUGCGAUUGCGGUCGUGGAGCUGUCUUAUUGGCUGUAGCCCGUGGCAAAGUUUCAGAAGGAGUAGAUUUUGACCACCACUACGGUCGUGCGGUACUAAUGUUUGGCAUACCUUAUGUGUUUACUCAAUCCCGAAUUUUAAAAGCACGUUUAGACUACUUACGUGAUCAAUUUCAAAUACGUGAAAACGAUUUCCUCACUUUCGAUGCUAUGCGCCACGCAGCCCAAUGCGUGGGCCGUGCUUUGCGUGGUAAAACUGAUUAUGGUAUUAUGAUAUUCGCUGAUAAACGUUUCUCGCGUCAAGAUAAACGCGGUCGGCUACCAAAAUGGAUACAAGAGCAUUUAGUGGAUAGUUUUUGUAAUCUUAGCACAGAAGAAGCAAUGCAAUUAGCUCGUCGCUGGUUAAGACGUAUGGCGCAAGCAUUCACGCGUGAAGAUCAACUGGGUAUAUCAUUGUUAACGAAAGAACAAUUGGAAAAUAUGGCCAAAGAGAAGCUCGAACGACGGGCGCAAGGUAAAGAGAGUGCAGGCGGAGAAGUGAUGGAGCUAUAAAUAAUAUCGCUUAUAUGAUAAAAGUGAAAAUGAACCGUAUUAUGCGAAAAAAAAAAUCAAAUUUUACACGUAAUGCUAGGAAAUAAAAUUGAUUUUCAUAAUUUCUUAUAUAUGUUUAAUAAUAAUUUUUUCGGUUGACAGAGAAGAAGACAAUUAAAGUAGAUCUCUUGAAUUGAUACUAUCAUAUAUAAAAUACUUAUUCAUCAUACGUAAAUUACCAAUACACUGGACCCAAAGGUGCCCGUCUAUGUAGGAUAAUAUCCAAACCAAAAUAUUUUUUCUCCAAGAGACUUGUAGUUUGAAUUGAAACCUGAAUGUAAUGCAUAAUGAUCAAUCAAGUUUAACACUGGCUAAGGAAAACUACCAACAACCACAAAUGCAAUUAAGACCAGCAACUGCUGCUAUAUGACAAGUGAUAUUGCGAUUGGCGCCACUACAUGUCCGAACAUAGCAUCCUCUUUAACAUAACUUUGCUUUUUCAUUAUUUUUGUUUCUUCUUCUUCUACUGAGCUAACCCGGUAAAAAUAAACACAGUCCCACCCAACUCUAUACGCAUUAUGUGGCUGAGUUGUAGUGUUUCGGAGUUUAAAUUGGUAUGCAAUUUUGAUCGGCUGUGGUAGUUUGUUGGACCCGACUCAUACAAUCGUUCCUACGGCGACCGAAGCUUUACAUGGUAAAAAGGUAGAAUUUUC